AUGUCGUCCAAUCAAGCAUCGACGUCUGCAUCCGCAGCAGCUACCUCCUCUACCGCUGCUCCUGCUGCUCCUGCUGCUGCUGCUGCAUCAGCGAUCGCAUCCACCCCUGCUGCGCGCUCGCGCCUCGACAAGAUCCCCAAGCUGCUCUACGGUACAGCGUGGAAAGGCGACUACACCUCUGAUCUUGUCAUUCUCGCCCUCUCGCAUGGCUUCCGCGGCAUCGACACGGCGGGGCAACGCAAACACUACCGCGAAGACCAUGUCGGCCAGGCGCUCUCCACCGCCCAAACGGACUUGGAUUUGGAUCGACGCGAUGUAUGGGUACAGUCCAAGUUCACGCCACGCUCAGGGCAGGACUGGACGCAUCCGGAACUGAUACCGUUUGCACAGGAUGAGGACGUCGAGGUGCAGGUGCGCAAGUCGUUCGCUGCGUCGUUGCGCAACCUGCAUCCGUGGUUGGAGUUCGAAGCGCUCGAAACAGUGGCUAGCAAGAUCAACGCGAAUCACGCCCGCGGAGCCGAGGGGGAGGAUCUCGACGCCGGCGUCGCAUACGGCGACGUCAAAGGCGAAGCGUAUCUCGACAGCUACGUGCUCCACUCUCCACUGACUACGUUGGAACGCACGCUCAAGGUGUGGGCGACCAUGGAAUCCUUUGUCCAUCUCGGCCUGGUCCGUCAAAUAGGCAUCAGCAACGUCUACGACCCAGACAUCUUCCAGGCCAUCGCACGCACCACGCGCAUUCCCCCGAGCGUAGUCCAGAACCGCUGGCACUACACCACCGGCCACGACGUUGCGCUCCUCUCGCUUCUCUCCCCCACGCUGUCUCCGAACGACUACGCGAGCGGCAAGCGAGACGCCGUGGUGUACCAGCCCUUCUGGUCGCUUACGGGCAACCCGAAUCUGCUCGCCAGCGUCGAGGUGCAGGACCUGGCGAUCCGCAAAGGCUGGACCCCGCAGCAGACGGUCUAUGCCUUCCUCGCCAGUGGCAUGAACAUCCCCGGCUUGACUGUCACCGUGCUGUCCGGCACCACCAGCGAGCAGCACAUGGUCGAGGCGGUCAAGGCCGUCCACGAGGGCCAGCGCGAAGAUACGUGGGAGCCGGGCGACCUGGAUCGCAUCCGACGCGUCGUGUAUGGCGAGUGA